UAGCCAAUCGGAGGAGGCCAACACAGGCGCAAAGAAAGAGGAAAAGGAAGCUUAGUUGCCGCCAUUUCACGUGAAAGCAGCGCGGCAGGGAUGACGACUAGUGCAAAACAAUUAAAAACAACAGCCGGAAUUUGAACCAAAUUCGCCAAUUGAAGAUUUAUACACUAACAGUAACAGUUUACUUAACAAUAGGGCUUGACUAAUUCCGACCUAACAGUCCGGCUGUCUUGCUAGGAGACGAAAGAAUGAGCUACGGAAGGGCGCCGCCAGACGUUGAGGGUAUGACCUCCCUGAAAGUGGACAACCUGACUUACCGAACUUCGCCGGAGACUCUGCGCCGAGUUUUUGAGAAGUACGGCCGUGUGGGAGAUGUGUAUAUCCCCCGAGACAGGUACACCAAAGAGAGCCGCGGGUUCGCCUUUGUGCGGUUCCUCGACAAGCGCGACGCCGAGGACGCCAUGGACGCUAUGGACGGAGCGCUGCUUGACGGUCGGGAGCUUCGGGUGCAGAUGGCCCGCUACGGACGACCUCCGGACUCCAUGUACAGCAGGAGAGGUGCUCCGCCACGCCGAUACGGUGGCGGGUACGGCGGACGCCGAAGCAGGAGCCGUUCAGGAAGCCCUCGUCGCCGCAGACGUAGCCGCAGCCGCUCCAGGAGCAGAAGCCGUUCCCGAUCUAGGAGCCACCACCACUACAGCCGCUCCAGAUCUCACUCUGAGUCAAGGUCCAGGUCCAAGUCUAAAUCCAAGUCCAGGACCCCCAGACGGAGCAAGACAAAGUCUCCCUCCAGGUCUCGGUCCUCCAAGUCAAGGAGUCGAACCCCGCCUUCCAACAGAGGUUCCAAAUCCAGGUCCCGCUCCAAAUCCAAGAGUAGGCCUAAAUCUCCAGAGGACAACGAGGCAAUGACUUAAUCCAGACAUGGACACAACAUGACGGUAUUCAUGAGAAAGGGUUGAUUUUAUUAUUUGCUUCAAAUAUAUCUGAGAUGGCUACCUGUCAUCACUUGGGUUAUUAUUCUGCAGGCUUGGUGCUAUGUAACAGUCAUUUGCACACAAGCAACAAAGUCUGCAGAAUCCUGUAUGUUUUAAUUAAAAUAAGAUUGGGACUGAUGUACUCAACAGUCCUAGUUCUGUGUGUCCUUUACUUUGCGUGUACGUUCAGCAAAUCCAAAGCACACACAGACAUGAGAUUUGGGUUAAUGUGACCUAAAAUAUAUUUUAAAAUGGGAAUGUAUGGGAAGGUUCUUCACUCAAAACGUUCACCUAAAUGUGGAAUUCUUUCCUCCAAGCUGCUGAGUCCUGUUUGCAAAGAGAGGAGGAGGAGGAGGAGAUGGGGGUGUGGCAGUGUGAGAGCAGUUAGUGUGUGACCCGCCCAUGUGACCUGCCUGUUGCUGAGAGCGAUGGCAGUUGCUAAGAAGCAGGUCACCAAGGCAACGGUGGUUGCUAUGGAGCAGGUCGUCAUGGCGGUGGUUCGGGCUGUCAGUUGGUGUAUGAGGUGGUGUGGUGAGGUACGUUCACGGGAUUCAAAGGCAGAUGCACUGAGCACUGUUCCCACCGGUACCUGUGGUUUCCUCCGCCUCUCACAAAGGGAACCGAGGUUUGUUUUUCACAUUCGCCCGAGUGUAAGAGUCUUGUUAGAGCUAGUUUUUGGGGGGAGGGGGGUGAAAUGUGAAGAUUACUAGGAAUGUUAGGUAUAAUACAUGAAAACGGAUACAAAGAAAAAAAAAAUGCAGUUUGAUAAAUCUUAGUUUCAGGGGAAAGAAGAUCAGACCAGUACUGUAUUUAAAUAUCCAGGUCAGUUGCAGGAGUUACGUCAUUUUGGUUUGCUCUUCUUAAUUCUGAUCUGUCUUUCUUUCCAGAUCUCACGUGAUUGAGCCUUUGCUGAGGACAUAAGGAAGAGUCUCACAUUGAGCAAGUGGACUCCACUAUUACCACUGAAUGCAGACUGAAAGGUUAUUGGAGUUUGGUCUAAAAUGUUUUAAAUUUGACUUAAGUUUAAACAAAUUCUGUGACUUUGAUGUGAUCAUUGUUUGUAAAGUUAAGCUUUUUGAAAAGAAUUUAAGAUUUUUUUUUUCCUCAAUUAAAUUGGGUUUUUUUGUAUUUUGAUUACACGUGUACUUAUUUUUUUCUUUAAAUUACCAUAGAUUUAUUUUAAUAAAAUCCCUUGUUUAACACUUUCUAGAUGGAUGUGAGUUUUAUUUGCAGGGUGUCAUGUUGGAUGUUCAAAGCCUUGAAAGCUAUGUUAUACCACUCUUUUUUUUUCUCUGUUUAGUGACAUUAAAAAAACAAAAACAAAAAAAAAACAAUAUUGCUAUGCCACUUCAUUUGUAAUUUGCUAAUCCAGCAGGAUACAUUUUCUUUUCUGUCAAAUCUCUAUUUUCUGUCUGGUUAAAGUUGCUUUCCUAUGACUCUAACCCUCUUUCUUGUGUAUCUUUUGUGCACUAGGCGCAGUUGUGUAGCAGUUGAAUAAUGCUGGUUAGCUGUUAAGAUGCGGUGCAGUGCGGUGGUGACAUGGUGUGGCGUGUUGCGGUGCUGAGUGCCCGGCGCUGUUCCGGGGCUCGACCCUCCGCUGCCGUUUGCUGGUUUGUAAGCUCACAGGUGUGGCAGAUCAUCCAUCCUCUCCUGUCUUGUGACCUCUCCUACCCUCCAUGUGCUGUACAGAUUAUUUCCUCCUUUCUUUUUCUCUGUAUUCUCCCUCUUCUUUGUCCCCCCCCUCUGUGGUUUAUCCACUUUUGAAAACUGGUUUAGCUUGCUUUUUUGAAAUUGGGUCCAGUGUGACUCGUAGUGAAGGGUUUAAAGGGCAGUCCAGGCUGCCUAAUGAAUGAUCUUUUUUUUUUUUUUUUGUAUUUCAUUCAUCUGUGAACGUCUCAAAUGUCUUGUAAUUGCUUUAGAUGAAUGUUAAUAAACAUCUUUGUUGUUCAAGUCAA